AUGGAAGAACAAAGCUUGGUGAUGGAAAAUAUUCUCGUACCAGAAUUAUACUUCUUGAUUUCCAAAUUCUUGGCCAAUGGACCGCUGCGUGAAACAGCCAAGGUUUUGGUACAGGAGUUGGAACAUUUAGACAUUUUACCACGUCGUCUCGACUGGACCGGUCAGGAGCAUCGUCAGUCGUUGGAAGAAUUGGAAAGAAAAUAUCCUCAUGUUGGACCAGAGCAUUUACUGGAAAUAUGCUGUCGCAUCGGACCACUGUUGGACAAGGCACUGCCUCCGGCCGUACCCGGCGUCCUGUCUAUACUUGGAGCCGGACGGCAGAAUUUAUUACGUACGAAAGAAAGUGUAUCCCGGCCACGGCAGCUGAUCGAUUACUACACCCGCCAGCAUGAUCGACCACUGAGUGAUGUAGUGAAUCGAAACAACACACACAAUUUCGUGAAGGUGCUGUACGGGCGGGAAAGUGCGGGGCCACUAACGCGCCGUCAGGCUAUCCCGACUUCAUUCUAUUCGAAGCAAACGCUACAAAGGCGUACCCUUGGUCACCUGUCCGCGGUGUACUGUGUGCUGUUCGAUCGUACAGGAAAGUACAUAAUUACCGCGGCGGACGACUUCCUCGUCAAGCUAUGGUCAGCCAUCGACGGACGACUGUUGGCCACGUUCCGUGGUGCGUCGGCCGAAAUCACUGAUAUAGCCAUCAACCUUGAUAACACGAUGCUGGCGGCCGGUUCGCUGGAUCGCAUAUUACGCGUCUGGGAUCUACAGUUCGGUGGCCCAAUUGCGGUACUUUCCGGCCACACGGGUAUGAUAACGUCGGUCAACUUUUGCCCUUCACCGAAGACGGAUCUACGCUUUCUGGUAACCACAAGCACGGAUGGUUCGGUAGCAUUUUGGGAGUAUACUACGCGAAACGGAAAGACCAUUUUCUCGUCAAAACCUACUUCCUACCACGAGAAAUUGCGCCCUGGCCAGGCACAGAUGAUUUGCGCAUCGUUUUCACCCGGUGGUAUCUUUAUGGCGGCUGGUUCGGCAGAUCAUCAUGUCCGUGUGUACCUGAUGUCGGAAGAUGGUCCCAAACGUAUCCUAGAGACAGAAUCGCAUUUGGACACGGUCGAUUCGAUACAGUGGGCCCACAAUGGACUGUGCUUUAUCUCAGGUAGCAAGGAUGGUACGGCGUUGGUGUGGCAUUUUGAAUCGCAGCAGUGGAAAUCGAUACGGCUGAACAUGGGCGAUCGACUGCCGAGCUGUCCACCCGUAAACGCGGAAGAUAAUGUGAAGUUAAAAGUGACGAUGGUGUCAUGGGACAAUACAGACAACUGGGUCAUCACGGCGGUGAAUGAUUUUACGAUCAAGGUGUGGAAUGCGAACACGGGCAAGCUGCAUCGAGUGUUACGCGGCCACACAAACGAAAUAUAUGUGCUCGAGUCCCAUCAGAAGGAUUCUGGCGUGUUACUUUCGGCCGGACACGACGGUCAGUUGUUUAUCUGGGACAUCGUACAGGGCGUGUCGAUGGCGAACUUUGUCAACAAGAUCGACGAUCACUGUGAGGGAGGCAUUUACGAUGCAAAGUGGUCCCCGGAUGGUAUGAUGAUCGCGGCAACUGAUUCGCACGGUCAUAUCCUAAUGUUCGGUUAUGGGUCCGGGCACGAGAAAUUAAAACAACUGCCACAGGAGUUGUUCUUUCACACUGACUACCGACCGCUGAUAAGGGACUCGGCUCUGCAUGUGAUGGACGAACAGACACAAAUGAUGCCCCAUUUGAUGCCACCACCGUUUCUGGUCGAUAUUGACGGUAAUCCGUACCCACCGGCAUUGCAGCGAUUAGUGCCCGGGCGGGAAAAUUGUCCCACGGAUCAGCUGAUACCGAACAUCAGUGUGGGAGGUGAAGGAGCUGAUAUACAGCAACCGGCAGCUGCUCAGCCAGGACCACAGGAGGUCGCGGGUGGUGCGUAUUCUAAUAUUGAUCGCAUGAUCGAAGCCCUUGCGAACCGACGGCAGGGUGGGGCUGAUAGGGGCGCUCCAGGGGAGGAACAUCAAGCGCCCGAUUCAAACAAUGAUCGUGCGCGUGGAGAUGAAGCUGGCGGAGCCUUCCAGCUUGGUAAUGCACGGCCUGCUAACAACCCCAAUCAGGCUGGUGGAAGGAAUGCACAGCGUGGUUUUGGAUCUGCCGGAAAUUGGCACCGUACCGAGGAAGGCUUUAAGUUCCACCGGCGUCAGUACGUGCGACCAAUGAGCUAUUCUGCUAUGGUGAAUCUAAAACAACGCGUUUACUCAGCCGGCAUACAAGAGCAAGAAGUGUAUCGGCGUGAGAUGCGCCGUCGCCCAGUGAUGAUCAACACUGCCAACAGUGCGUCUUCUUCCGGCGGGCCGUCAUCCCUCGGAAAUCGGCGAGCGGCCCGUGCUGGUGGAGGCGCCAAUCGUUCGCUACGGCGUGCCAACGGUGAGGGUGGUGCGAACGGAGCAAGACCUGCGUACCGCACGCGAGCUGUACGCGAAAACGAACCAGCACCCGAACCAGAUGAAGAUGAUGCGCACGAAGAACAGAACGAAUCAUCAUCGUCUGAGUCGAGUAACAGUGAUUAUUCUACCGCCAUCGAGGAGAAGCUGGAUUUGUCCGGAAGCAGUUCGAGUGAUACGGCAAGUUCCGACUAUUCGGACUGGGUGUCACACGAACCGGGUCGCAAUUUGGAGCCACCGAAGCGAUCGAAACGUAAACAUGUCCAGCGACGUGCGUACUCGCCACCAGAUCCCGACCAACCUGGCCCGAGUCAUGCGACGCCAGGUACUAGUGGUACAGUAGGUGGCAGACGUCGUUCGACCAAAGUACGUAAGAUACCUUUGACGCGUGAUGGUGAAAUUCCUGAACAGUACCGACCGCCCGAAUGGUUGUCGGAAGUGAUCCCAAGAAAAGCGCCAUAUUACCCACAGAUGGGCGAUGAGGUCGUGUAUUUCCGGCAGGGUCACCAGCGUUACCUAGAGGCCGUGCGAACGAAAACUGUGUAUAACCUAGGUAACCGUUGUGAACCCUGGGCAACAAUGGAUAUUCAGGCACACGAACUAUGCAAAGUAAUCGGAAUAAAAUACGAGAUUCGACCUCCACGAUUGUGUUGCCUGAAAUUGGCGAUAAUUACGGAGGAUGGUGAAUUAACCGGCCGCUCGUUUGCGAUAAAGUAUCACGAUAUGCCGGACGUGCUUGACUUCCUGGUGCUGAAGCAAACGUUUGAUACAUCGGUGGGACGGAGUUGGGGUCCAGGAGAUCGGUUCCGCUGUAUGAUCGAGGACGUGUGGUGGACCGGUCAGAUCGAAUCUCACAAUCAGCUGUCGCCAGAUUUCCCCGACUCACUAUUCAUGUGUUUCCGAGUGCGCUGGGACAAUGGCGAGUACGAGCUGAUGAGCCCGUGGGAUCUCGAACCAGUGGACGAAGCACGGCAGCCGGAAGAAGUGGGCGGGGCGGUACCGGUGCUGCCAGAAGAACUGCAGGCUACGUUAUAUCAACCAAAGCCGGAAGAAUGGCCGCGGGGUGAUCGUGAUGCGUCGUGCCGGCGUAUUAUCGCAGGAUUGGAGCAAGUGAUGGGACUUGCGAUUGCGGAUCUCUUUCUUGCACCAGUCGAUCUCAAUAUCUAUCCGGAGUAUGCGUUUGUGGUGGAGUAUCCAAUCGAUUUGAACACAAUCAAGUCUCGCUUCGAAAAUCACUUCUAUCGGCGUAUCACGUCAGCACAGUUUGACGUUCGCUAUCUGGCGACGAAUGCAGAAAAGUUCAACGAAUCGCACAGCACGAUCGUGCGGAACGCGCGCAUCAUCACCGAUCUGUGUCUGCGCAUACUGAGUGAUCUCAAUGAAAUCGAUGUACCGGCCGUUUAUCAUCAACUGGUUGAUACAUACCUGUCAUCCGAUUCGGAGACUGAAAGACAUCGACCUGGUCCAUCGUCAAACUCUACUGCAGGUGCUGGUCCAUCCGGAAGCGGUAUCUCAAGCAAUCGACGAACGGGUUCGCGAAGAUCGAGACGUCUAGUACCAGAAGGUGAUUGGCGAGUUGAUUGUCGGGAGCUGUUGGAAAUGAUUUGGCAGUGUGAUGAUUCGGAACCGUUCCGUGAACCGGUCGACACGAUAGAACACCCCGACUAUCUACAGAUUAUCGAUACGCCAAUGGACCUGCGCACGAUCAAAGAGGAUUUGUUGGGUGGAAAUUACGAUACGCCGUAUGAUUUCUGCAAAGACAUGCGUCUCAUCUUUCAAAACUCUCGCAAUUACAACACAAACAAACGAUCGAGGAUCUACUCGAUGACCCUUCGACUGAGCACCUUGUUUGAGGCACACAUAAAGGCUGUAAUCUACAACUGGAAGUCUGCUCGUAGGCGUAAUCGGAGUAAUGGCAAUCAUGAUCUUUCCACAACUGGAGGUAGCAGUGGUCUAGCAUCUUCGACGAAAAGGCGUCGCCGAGAUCAGCGGGACGGGGCAGGUCCUAGCAGCAGCCGAAGAGGUGGUGCAGCGUUAAAUAGCAGCUCAGGAAGUGGAAUGAACACAAGUGGGAGUUCUUCGCGUACCACUGCCAGCCACAAUACGGCACAGUCUGAUGAGGACGAUGAUGAUGACGACGACGAAGAGGAAGAUGGUCGUAUGGCUAAAAAUCGAUCCGGAAAGCGUACACGCAACGGUGGAAUGUUAACUUCGUCCACAUCUCGACGCGGUCAAUCAUCGUCAACCAUGGGCGGCUCGAAUGGUGUAUCGUCAUCGUCGGCAGGAGGAAUAGGUAACAGUAACAAUGUGAUAGAUCCGCUAGCAAUGCCGGGUCCGAGUAGUAGCCGCACCAGUCGAGCAGCAGCAACCAGUGGUGCACGCAUGCUAACACGUCGUGGCCGCAGGUCACAGGACGAAGACGAAGAGGAAGAAGAGGCGGCAAGCAGUGAUGAGUCUGAUGUGAGCACUAGCGAUUCGAGUAGCGAAUCGGACAGCGAUGAUGAUGAUGAUGAUGAUAGCACGGGUGUGCCGGUUUCGCAUCGCGCCGAUUACGAUUCAGGUGAAAUGUACAAUCCAUACAAACCGCGUAAACGAUCGCAACAGAAGAAGAAACAAAAGAAAAGGAAGAAGGUUCAUCGAAAAGCGGGCAAGCAUACAGUGGUCAGUUCGACAACCAAACGGAAACGUCCCGGUGUGUUGGAUGACACAAUGGUGGCAGGCAGUAGCAGCGGAAGACGUGUUUCGGCAGCAGUGCGUGCUGUAAGACAGGAUCUCUUUGAAACCUCUGCCCAAGCGGGGGUGGUUGCUGGUGAAAUAAGUGGAACACGAUCGCUUCGUAAUGGUGGGGUCGUACCUAGCAUUGCUCCAUCCAGAACAGUAACCGAUGGGGGAAACGAAGAAGCUGGUCCGUCGGGACAACACGAUAACAGCAAGCCAAAGACUGCGCUGGGUAGCAAGCGGCCGCGCAGAAGCACCCGACAUCAAAUGGAUGAUACGACCAAUGAAGAUGAUGAUGACGAUGAUAGUGGAGAUGAUGCGGGAGGCGAAGGAAGAAACACAGUGGAAAGCGGUGAAGGUCGAUCUAUUCGUGGACCGGCAAUGAAACGUAGUCGUAACCGCUAUGAAUCCGAUCACAGCUACCACAAGGAACGUCCAAAAACGGCACGAAUCGUUUCCGACUCGGACAACGACAACAUCGGCGAACCGUCUCGAUCGACUAGGGGCAGCGUACGGCGAGCACAAGCCGAAUGGGGCAAGAGUGAGGACAGUUUGGAGGACCGGAACAAUGAGGACGACGAUGGAGAUGAUGACGACGAUGAUGAUGGUGAUGACGUAGUGCGCAACAGCAGACAUGCCGGUGCUAGGAAACUUCGCUCAGAGAAUGAUGAUGAAGAUGAGGACGAAGAUGAGGAUAUUCGUGUAGGGCGCAAUACACGCCAGACGGCACCAUCUUCGUCUUCGAGUGUGACGCCCGCUCGACGCAUGAGAGCUCGCAAGCUCCCGUCCGAUCUCGACCAGAGUCCGGAAGAAACCAGCAACAUUAGCAAGCGUAGUUCGGCAACGCAACGAGCACAGCGUACAGCAGCGGGACAAAAUCAUUCAAACACGAGACAAACUGCUUCGUCCAGUGGUACCCGCAACAAUUGGUAUGCCAGUGAGAGCGAUAAUGAUGUUAACCACUCGGCGGGAACCGCAAGUCCUGCAGUUGCUUCGACCAGUUUCCAUUCCGUGCGCUCUUCUCGCCGUUUGAUUGUUGAAACCUCCUCUAGUGCGGUAGUGACCGCCAAUGGUUCUGCCAGUGGGUCGUCAAUGGUGCGGCGAACGAUAACCAGCACCACCGUGGCAUCAAGUCGGCGAUUGCGAGGCAUGGAAGUGAGCGCAUCUAGUGGUACUGCUACUCCACCACCGCACACCGUAGAUCAUAAUUACGGUGAGCCAGGUCCAUCGUCUGCUGCCUCAUCGAGCGCUACGGGUGGGAUAUCUGGUACGUCCACCAGUGCUCAUGCAUCCAAUGUCGCAACAGUUAGUGGUGUUAGCGCCAUAAGACGUACUCGAACACGUAGCACGGUACUAUCCCGCCAUCAACGAAACCCUGACGAGCUUGAUCAGAGCGUUACGUUGCAGGAAGCUCGCCAAGACGUGAACGAUGCGGUCGGAACAGAUGGAAGUGAUGAGGAUGAUAAUCAACCCUUAAGGAUGGCAACGGGUCUGAGAUCAUCACGGUCCAACACGGCAAGGCAAUUACGAUCGCGCACAGGUGGUGAAGGUUGUACACCUUUGAAGAGGAAAUCCACGCGUAUUUCUUCAUCCCACGAAGAGGAUCUGCAGGAAGAGGGUGCAGAUGCCAGUGAUGACAGCGAUGAUUCAGAUGACGAUAAUACGCCCCUGCACAUGAUGGCGGGAUCAUCGUCCAGGACGCGUAGUGGCCGCUCCCAAACUGCGUCAAUUGCUGGAACACCGAAAAAGACCGACAGCACAUCGUUCGGUAGCCGCAUGGCGGCGCAUCGAACAAGACGGAAAGAACGGUAUACAUCAGAUGAAGAAUAUGAGGCUCCCGGUCCCUCGAGUGGAAGAUCAACGCGAAAGUUGAAACGUCCUCGGUACAACGAAGAAUCGGAAGAGGAAGAUGAGGACGUUCGUCGGAGUGACAACAAUCAUCAUAGUCGAGCGCAACGGAAUGCAACACGCCAACGGCCACGAGUGAUGAGGCGGGACGACAACGAGGACGAUGAGGACAACGACGACGAAGAGGACGAUAUUGCGCGAGCGCUUGCAAACAUUCGGCAACGGUCCCGUCGGCAGAUAGCCUCCUCGUCCACGGCCCAGCACGACGGUGAUGCAUCGAACACAACAGCGGCCAACAAUGGUAGUACCAAUAGUCAUAGUAAUAGGGUGGUGGAUAACCAUCAUCAUCACAACACAACACAACAGCAACCGUAUCAUCAUGCUCCUCCUCCUUCUCGCCAUCAGUCAGCAACCGGCAACCAUCAGCAACGACGCGAUAUCGACGAAGCUGAGCACAGCAGGCUGCGGCACCAGCAACAUCACCCUCCUCAUCGCAGCAAUGGUGGUCGUCUGCCGCGUAACGCCAACAUCCAUCUGGAACAUACGCUUGGUGGGGAUGAUAAUGUAGCGGGACCUUCGUUAAGAUACUCAAGAGGACGCGACGGACACCAUCAUCGUGACAGCGAUGAGGAUGAUGACGGAGUACAGGAUGACGAUCAAUUGGAGAAUGAUACCGAUGCCACCACGUUGGUAACCAGUGUCAGUAGUCGUGGUCGUAUUCGUCGGAUUAAUCCACGUGUGCGAAAAAUUUUCGGCGAAUAG